AAAUAUGUAAUAAGUGACUCCUGCAUAUGUGAAAUCGUUGACAGGGCCUACUGCUAAGUAGAUUGAUAUUUCAAUUUAGUUUUCUGUGUCCAGUAAAUGCAAAUAUUUACAACAUCCAAUUUUUGAAAUUUAGAAUUCGAGAUAUGGAUUCCGGUUAAGUGUUGUUUGAGGUGGAAAGAGAUCCAGAUGAAUAGCCAAUAGGUAUGAAGUUGUUAAAACGCAAGAAUAAUUACCAGUUGAGUAUUAAGAUGAGGCCAGAAGGAUUAAAUAUCAGUUUGGACCAUAGUUUUUUGAAUUGAAAACAGUAGGUGCUUAACUCACAUUCUCUGUUGGGAAGGAUCCAGUGAAAAACUUUACGAUUAUUGAAAGACACUAUUUCAGAGAUCACUUAUUGAGAUGCUACGAAUUCUAAUUCCCAUUCUGCAUUCCCAACUCAACUAACACAUGGGAACACAUUUACACAAUCCCAGAAAUCGAUGAAGCCAUGGUAUCAUAUAUUCUUAUUGAAAGCGUCAAGAAAUGAUAGACAAUCCAUUCGAAACCAAAUCUGAUAGUUUCUACUUCGUCGGAGAUUAAUUAGUGAUGCAUAAUAAAGCAGAAUAUGAUUACUCUGAAUGAAAUAAUUAUAUUGACAUUUAUGUGU